AUAUAUUUGUAAAAAAAAAAAAAGUGAAAAAAAGGUAUGCAAAAAUUAUGUUUUUGCCUUUUUCUUGAUGCAGCAUGUGAUGCAGUAGUUUUUUAAGAUAGUACCGGAGGAGGCGUUUGUUUUUUAUUCUUGUUUAAAAACAGGCGUGUCUUACUAUUAAAGCGCCGAGUAAAAUUGAUUGCCGCACUUCACCAUUUUCGCACUAAAAAAACCCCUCCAUUUUGAUCAAUUUCCCACCCACCCACCCAGACACCUCUUUGUAAAAUCCGUCAUCAGCACCAUUUAUAUCAUCACCGAGACUCCUCUCAUGUCUCUCUUCCCCACCAUUCCUCUCCAUGGCCACUGACACCGCCGCCGUCACCACCACCAUCGCGCUUCACAACCGUUCUUCUGAGCUCACUCGCCGAGCUGCUAACAAUAACACUAACAUCAACAAUCACGUGAACGGCCUUGACGGAGAUCGUGAAGUCGUUUCGCAGAAGAAAACGAUGAGCAUUUUUAGUGGUCGUGAGGUUUUAAGAAAAGCUUCGUUCAUGAGCUGGAGUAUGAAGGAUGUGGUCCACGUGGCCAGAUACCAUUGGAUACCAUGUGUGUUCGCAGCAGGUUUGCUGUUCUUCAUGGCCGUGGAGUACACGCUCCGUAUGGUCCCGGCUUAUUCACCGCCGUUCGAUCUAGGUUUCGUGGCGACGAAGUCAUUGCAUAGCGUUCUGGCGUCGUGGCCUGAGCUAAACACUUUGUUGGCAGCUCUGAACACGGUGUUUGUGGGGAUGCAAACGGCCUAUAUAUUAUGGAGUUGGUUGGUAGAGGGAAGACCGAGAGCAACAAUCUCGGCACUAUUCAUGUUCACUUGCCGCGGCAUUCUUGGUUAUUCAACUCAGCUUCCUUUGCCCCAGGGAUUUCUGGGUUCCGGCGUCGAUUUUCCGGUAGGGAAUGUGUCUUUCUUCCUGUUUUUCUCAGGGCAUGUAGCUGGAUCAGUGAUUGCAUCAUUAGACAUGCGAAGGAUGCAACGAUGGGAACUGGCGUGGAUUUUUGAUACACUUAAUGUUCUUCAAGUAAUAAGGUUGUUGAGUACAAGGGGACAUUAUACAAUAGAUUUGGUUGUCGGUGUUGGUGCCGGAAUUUUAUUUGAUUCUUUGGCCGGAAAGUAUGUCCAAAAGAGAACCACUUGUUGCUGCUAAAGAGGCUUCUCUAAAUCAAUAACAUUAGGAGCUGACAAGAUGGAGAUCAGAGGGUAGGAUUUAUACACGCGCAUCACAGCAUGUUAACCAAAUAAUGUCAUUCAUUGUAUCUUUCCAUACGACAAAGAUUAAAAAUUAUUAAAUUCUCUUUUGCUUUUGCAUUGAA